AUGGCGGUAUUCAAUUCAAAAUUGGAGUGUAUAAAACAUAUACGAUUGUUUUUAUUUCUGGCAGCUAUCAACUUGUUUUUUGGACAUCGGAAACAAAUUUAUAGCCGAUAUUUGGAUAUAGAGAAAUCAGCAUUUAUAGCCUUUUAUGACGGUCGUGGAAAUCCUGUUAUAACCGUGAUUGUGAUUGUAAAGGCAGAUAGAUUGGAUGAAAAGUUAGAGUCAGAUAGAUACAGUUGCAUUGCUGACCCGUCUAAAAAAUAUUUAUCAGCAUCUUUAGAAUAUAUCACAGAACCAAAUUGGGGUUAUAAAUAUAAAGGAGGAUUUAUAAGAUGUAAUUUGACCAAAACAGAAAAACCAAAAGCAAUCUCCAUUGUUCUACAUUCCCAAAUCAAAAAGAACAGAAAUUUUACGCCAAAAAUUAAACUAACAGUUCAAUAUCCGUCAAAAUUUUUGAGAAAUUUUACACGUUGUGUUCCAGCUUUUUAUAAUUUCACAGAUCAAAAUGCCUUGAUACAAAUGUUAGAGAGUGACUUAAUGUUUGGGAUGAAUCAUUUUAUAAUGUAUAAUUAUACUGGAAUGACACCUAAAAUACAACAAAUUCUCAAAUCAUAUCAAGAUGAAGGUGUUCUCACACUGCUCCAGUGGAAUUUACCUGUGCUUAAAAAAGAUAUUCAUUAUUUUGGACAAAUGUCUAAUAUGCAUGAAUGCAUUUUGCGCAAUAUGUACGUUUCUAAGUAUGUAUUUAUAGCCGAUGUAGACGAAAUCGUUGUAAGUGAUAUGUUUUCUUCAUGGCAAUCAAUGACUUCCUCUAUCCUUAGUAAACAUCCUAAUUGUGGCGCCAUAUCGUUUAGAAAUGCUUUCUUCCCAAUUAUCUUCAAAGAUGGUGCAGUAGAUUUCCCUGGUAAAACAAUUGCUCGAAAGAUGGGUUUAACAUUUUUGUUGAAAACCACUCGUACCAAACUGCAUACUAUAGGAGAUCGUUCCAAACUGUUAGUUCGACCAGAAACAAUACACCAGAUGGGGAUACAUGGUGUCCAGAAGUUUUUAAAUUCCAAAAUGACAACAUGUCCUGUGAACAAUCCCAAGGAUGCUUUGCUUCAUCAUUACAGAUUCAAGAAGGCAUCGGAUAUGCGGUCUCCAUAUACUGAUGAUCACACGUUCCAAAAAUACAGUAAUGAACUAAUUUCAAGAGUUCAAAAAAGAUUUCAGAAGAUUAAAACUACAUCUGUAACUUAA